AAAAUGUUGAUCCACAUAAAACAUUUACCAAGGUAUAUUUAAAAGUCGUGAUUUCAGUGACAUAUUUAUGAAAAUUGACGUAUUGAGAUGAUUUUGAAAGUUCGUUAUAUAUGGGAUAAAACUAGGAAAUAAAUUGGAUAAUGUUUUGUGUAUACUUUGCUGCCUUGAGCUUUAAAGAGAUUUUAUAUAUCUGUGGUAGAUAUAAUUAGCCAGCUAGUUCAAAAUUUCUGAUUUUAUCCUGUGCGACUACCAAUUAUCUACACUACAUAAUUACAAAGAAGCUGGUUAUAUUAAAAUGAAUAUAAUAUUUCGUUUUUACACAACAAAGAUGGAAACAACUAUACGAAUGUUACUAUGUAAUCGAUUUCAAGUUUUUUUGACAGUGUUGUUAUUUUAUUGUCAUAUGGUCACCGCAAGCAUUGUUGACAAAAAUGAUACGAAGGAAGUGUUGGAACAGACAUAUAAACUUUCAGAUAUGACUACCUUACUUCCUGGAUGGACAUAUUAUAGUAUUGACAGAGGAAAAUACUCUGUUCCUGGCAUAGUCCUAUCUGAAAAUAACAUUUUAAUUUCAGUACAAAAGCUGGAUUGUAAAACCAAUUUUAAACUAAAUAUCGACACUUUAAAAAUGUUAGAAAGUGAAUCUUACCUGAAAACUAAGUAUCUGCUUAAAAUUCAUCCAAAUUGUAAUACAAGCUCUGCUAGCAAAAUAAGAACUGCUGUCUUGAGUAACAAACUUUAUACACCACUCCCAUGGACUUCAAAAACCAUAGAUGUUAGUCAGAUGUUUCCAAAAAAAUAUAUGCUGACAAAGAUACAUUGUAAUAGUUUAAAAAAGCUAAUAUCAUUAACAAGUGAUGGGCAAAUACAGUUAGAUAAACACUUGAUAGAAUAUAAGAGCCUUCCAGGGAAUAACUUAAAGUGUAUUAUCACUGCUAAAAACAAUAGACGGAAAUUGAAAAUGGAAAUAACCAUACUCUUUACUGACAUUACUCAAGUUUUAUCAAGGAAUCGUAGAUCUUCCUCAAUUAGUUUUGACAAAGAGGUGUUUUAUGCAAAAGUAAAAGAAAAUGCAAAUGUGGGAUAUACCAUUCAAAAUUUACCAGCGAAAGGAGGAUCUGGUUCAUAUGUUUACAGCAAAAACAGUGAUAUAAAAUCUGAUCGCUUAUUUCUAAUAGAUCCUAAUACAGGAGAUUUAAAAGUUCGGGAAGAGUUAGAUCGUGAAAAAGGUGCUAGCCAAUACACAAUUGAUGUGUCUGCCACGGAUAAAUCUAACAGCAAUUUAGUAGGACGUACAACAGUGGUUAUAACAAUUCUUGAUGUUAAUGACAAUGCCCCCAUAUUUAGUGAAGCAGUUUACAAGAAAACUGUUCCAGAGGAGCAGCAACCAAAGUUUGUUUUAACAGUCCUUGCUACUGAUGCAGAUGAAAAAUCCAAUAAAGAAAUUGAAUACUCCAUUGUGAAAGAAUCUGAGGGUGCUUGUUGUCCUUUUAAAAUUGAUAAAACAACAGGGGUGAUUAGUAACAGUGAAGUCCUUGACCGGGAAACAAAGUCAUAUUAUGUAUUCACCGUCAAGGCACAAGACUUAGGAACAGACCCAGGACCACUCUCUGCCACUGCCUUGGUAAAUAUAACCCUCUCUGAUAUAAAUGACAAUGGACCUGUUUUUGAGAAAAGCAAGUAUGAAAUUUCAAUUCCAGAAGAUACUGCAGUCAAUACAAUUGUUUUGACAGUAAAAGCAAGUGACAAAGACUUUGGAAGUAACAGUUUAAUUCAAUAUCAACCUUUAGGUAGUUCUGUAUUUGAAAUAAAUGUUCUCACUGGAGAAAUAAAACUAAAUGAAAAAGUUGAUUAUGAUAGAUUUCAGCAGUUUUUCAAAUUUACAGUUGUUGCGUUUGAUCGUGGUUUGCCUCCAAAGCAUGCAAGUGUUUCUGUAUCUGUCAAAAUAACAGAUGUAAAUGACAACACACCAACAUUUAGUCGCCGUCUUUUCAAAACAAACAGACCAAUAUUAGAAGAUACUAAAGUUGGUGCACUAAUCCUAAAGCUUAGUGCGCGAGACAGAGACUCUGGAUUAAAUGGUGAAAUAUCGUACAGUUUUGCAACAUUGCCCAAUAAUCUGCCAUUUUCUUUAAGUAAGGAUAGUGGAGAAUUAAAAUUGAAGAGAGCUCUUGAUUAUGAAAUUUUGAAGGAAUACAGAUUUAAAGUGAAAGCAGUGGAUGGUGGUGACCCUCCAAAGGCAGAUGAAGCUACUGUUUUGGUUGAAGUUGACAAUGUCAAUGAUAAUGCUCCUAGGUUCAAAAGUUCUAACUAUAAAAUAGACAUAUCUGAAGAUACAAGGAAAGGCUCACCCAUUUACACUGUUACUGCUGAAGAUCCUGAUCAAUUGAGUAGUUUAGAUUUUGAAUAUUCCAUUGUGGAAGGAGAUCCAAUUGGUUGUUUUUCAAUUGAUCAAUAUUCUGGAAUUAUUCGUUUGGCAAACUGCAAUCUUGAUUAUAAGACGCAAAAUAUGUAUAAAUUAAAAUUAAAGGUUAUUGAUGAAGAUGGCAAGUCAGGUUUUGCCUUCUUUGAGAUUUCAAUUUUUGAUGCAAAUAAUAAUCGGCCAAGGUUUGAGAAGAGUGUCAAUUUGUUGACUGUGAAGGAAGACGCCGCAAUUGGUGACUCUGUUGGUUUUGUGACUGCAACAGAUGAUGAUGAUGGGGAAAACGCUCGUAUCACUUAUUCAUUUGAAUUAUCAAAUGACGUUUUCGCCUUAAAUAGGUCUACUGGUGAAAUAAUAACAAAAAUGAAGCUUGAUCGUGAAACAAAAUUAUCCUAUCAAUUUUCUAUCAAAGCCCAAGAUCACGGAAAACCCAUUCCUAAAUACAGUACAGCAACAGUUGUGAUAACGAUAUUAGAUGUAAAUGAUAAUGCUCCAAAGUUUAAGCAGUCAUCUUAUGAAUUCUCAAUUAAAGAAAGUGUUUACGUAGGCUAUAUUGCUGGAGUUGUUUCCGCAUCUGAUGCAGAUGACGGAAUGAACAAGGAAAUCAGAUACUCCCUGUCAGCUGAUGGUGAUGGUUCUUUUUGGAUUGAUCCUGACAGUGCCUUAAUAAAAACAAAAAAGUUGUUAGAUCGGGAAAAAAUUCCAACUUAUACAUUGGUUGUUUUGGCUUCUGAUAAAGGCUUUGAGAAAAUACUAAGCACUUCUGUCAAUGUUGUCAUCAAACUCGAGGAUGUACAAGAUAGUCCACCAGUUUUUGAAAAGAAACUUUACAAGUUUUCUCUAGAUGAGAACACCAAUGUACAAGUGGGAAGAGUUAGAGCUACCCUGGCUGAUGAAAACUACAAAGAUUCUUUACUGUAUAGUAUAUCGAAAAACUAUAUGAACUUGUUUAUAAUUGAUCGUCGACGCGGCAUUAUACGUUUAAGUGAACCCCUUGAUUAUGAAACUAAGCAAAAUUAUACUCUAGAGAUUCGAGCCAGUGUACUUAGCGGGUUAACAGAUAAAACACAAGUACAAAUUUUUGUUAAUGAUGUUAAUGAUCACCCUCCUGUGUUGCAUGACUUCUAUAUUUUUCUCAAUAUAUAUUUAAAUGGAAAGAUUAAUCCUGUUUUCAAAGUACCUGCCACAGACGCAGAUGCAACUAGUAGGCUGGUGUACUCGAUUUUAUCAGGAAACGAACUUGACUUUGUCAGCUUGAAUGAAACAACUGGAGAACUACGAUUGCUAAAAAGUAUCAUGAACAUUGCAACUGAAGUUGCCAUUAAGUUUGAAGUUCAUGAUGGCCGUUACACUGUAAAUGCUGUUGGUCGGAUUACUUUGUCUGAAGUAAGCAGUGAAAUGAUAGCUAAUAGCAUGUUCAUUGUUCUGCACAACACAACUAGACACAUGUUCCUAAAAGCAAAUAUUCUGAAAAAGUUCAAGAGUGCACUUUCACAAGCAUUUAAUUGCGAUUCUGGCCGUAUAUUUAUCCUUAGUAUUGAAAAGUUCGAACUUGAUAUUACAGAUAAAAACAACAUACCAAAGUUAGAGGUUGCAAUUGCAGUUCGGGAAGAAAAAAGCGAUAAUUUUUUACCCACAGUACAAUUGAAGAAUUUAUUAUACUCUAACCAAAAAUUGUUUGAAAGUGUCCUGGGUAUUAAUGUAGUUUAUAUCGACUUUUACAAUGAUUUCUGGUGUGGUGCAGAAGUUUGUCACAACUUCCAGCCAUGUCUAAUUGAAGUUAAUAAAACCAGUGCUGUCACUGAGGAAAGCACAAUCAAAUCCCAGUAUGUUGUAUUUCGUGGCAUUAAGAUCAAAAUCAGUAAACAGGACAAAAAUAACUUUUGUGGUGCUUGUCCUGCAAGUAAAGGCUACCAAAAUGGUCCCGCUGAGUCAAGUAAAUGUUCUGAACAGUUUAGUUUGUGCUACUCAAAACCUUGUGGAGAUCAUGGCACAUGCUUCAGUACUGAUGAAGGAGCCACUUGUCAAUGUCAUAAAGGUUUUUCAGGUAAUAACUGUGAAAUCAAUGAAAAAGUUGAUACUUGCCCUGGAACAACACUCUUCUCAAGAACAAAAAAUCCCUGUCAUAAUGACGGGGAGUGUACAAACAAAGACAACAAUGUUGGCUUUCAAUGCAAAUGUUCUGCUGCAGAGGACUUUGACAGCCAUCUAUGUACUCUGUCUACACGACACUUUCCAAAGAACUCAUACAUUUCAUUGCCAGUGUUACCACAGCGAUGGAACAUAACAAUGUCAUUAAAGUUUGCGACAUACAUGUCCAAUGCAGUGUUGCUAUACAAUGGUCGUUAUAACAACAAGAGAGAUUUCCUUGCCCUUGAGAUUGUUAAUGGACAAGUACAACUUUCAGUCUCUCUGGGUGGCAUGGAUGCUAAUGGCAAAGACAUUGUGCAUACUGUCAAGAGUUUUCUUCCUGGUGGUGUUAAUGAUGGCAGUUGGCAUGUCGUUAAAGCUCGUUAUAAUCAGAAGUUGCUUACAAUUGCUGUUGGAGAUGGUUGUGAUCUUAACAAUGCCCACAUGGUAAACCCUGAAGAAAAAUAUCAAUAUUGCAGUUCAUCCAAAUCUGUAAAAGAUACUAUGAAAUCGUUGGACCUUACUGCACCACUUCACAUUGGAGGACUUCCGAGCAAUGGAGUUAAAUUCCAAGUUCAUAACACAGAUUUUGUUGGCUGUAUAAAAAAUAUAUACAUUGACCACAAGAGACAGGAUUUGUCGAAACCACUGACUAAUCAUUUAACCACGCCAAAAUGUCCAGCAAUGAAAACAGAUUGUGAGAAGAUGAAUCCUUGCAAAGCAGGCUCUUGCUUUCAUGGUCUUGAUGGUUUAAUAUGUGAAUGUCCGGAAAAUAAAAUGGGAAAGUACUGUGAGAAAGAUGUUUCUGCAUCCAUGGCUGUUUCACUAACAAAAGGCAGUGAAAUUGUUAUUAAUCGUGUAGAUAGCCUGCAAUUUUUGACAACAAGUAUUCUUGUUAAGACAACGCAGAUGGAAUCGGUGCUUUUGGAACUUGAAUUAAAUAAAAAGAAAGCAUACUUAAAGAUUUCCAAUGGGUACCCGUGUUUUAUAUUUGACUCCACCGUGGUGAUGAAUCUAACAACGUUGUAUAUAUCCAAUGGUAAAUGGCAUCAGUUGGAAGUUACUUAUGGUAACAACAACCUGCUGCUUUCUGGCGAUUACCGACGUUUUUCAGCAAAAUCAACAACAUUCGCAAAAAUUACCUCUAGUUCGUUUAUUAAGGUUGGAGGUGUUGGAGAGAAGUCGUUUGUUGGUUGUUUAAAAGGACUAACUUAUGGUGGCACUGCAAUUUCAAUGAUAACAACAAACAACAAAAAUGUUCAACUUGGCUGUAAAGAGAAGGAAGAUGCUUGUCCUGUCGAUUGCAAGAAACAUGGUAAAUGCAGGGUCGUGUAUGGUGUGACAGAAUGCGAAUGCAACAGUGGAUAUAAAGGUCCACAAUGUAUUGAUGUUUGCAUAAAAAAUCCAUGUCAAAAUGAUGGAAAAUGUGUUAAUGAUAAUGUCUCUUUGUCGGGGUUUAAAUGUAAUUGUUUGGCAAACUAUACAGGAGAACAUUGCGAAACUAGCAUUUCUUCAGAGUGCAAGGAUGGGCAAUACAAUAAAGGCUUGGGAUGUGGUACCUGUACGUGUAUAACAUCUGAGAAUUUCGAUCCAGUCUGUGAUAAAUAUGGAAAAUCCGAAAAGAACUCGUUUCCUGGCAAAUGUUUUUGCAAGGAUACGUUUUACAACAGCCACAAUACUUGUAUGGAUUGCGGGUGCUUGAUCGAGGGCUCGAAAAGUUUAACUUGUGAUAAACACACUGGACAGUGUCCAUGUAAAGACGGGGUGAUUGGUCGUAAAUGUGAUCGAUGUCCUGGUGCAUGGGAAGAAUUAACUAGCCAGUGCAAUGAAAUCAACACAUCAUGUCCACGGACAUACACUGAAGGUAUAUGGUGGUUACGUGUACCACCCGGUGCAACUCAAAUAACAAGAUGUCCUACUGGCGCAUUUGGUAACGCUACCAGAUAUUGUCAUGUACGAAAAAGUUGGUCCCCUCCGAAUCUCUUUGGAUGUACUUCAGUUGAUCUUUAUAACAUAAAACAAUCUAUAAAGAAAAUCCAAAUUUUAAGUCAAGUUGUUGCCCGCGAACUUGCAGACCGACUGCAAUAUGCCAUUCAAUCAUCCAGACGGUUGUAUGGUAAAGAUGUUGAAGUUGGUUAUAAAGCUUUGGAAAUGCUUAUCGCCUAUGAAGGGAAUCACACUGGCGAGAAUCUUGUUUCUUCAGAUGACAAGUUCUUCGUUUCUAAUAUUGUGUAUUCUGCGAGUGCUUUGUUUAAACCGUCUGUGAAAGAAUUCUGGGAUAUGAUACAAAAGAAAUAUGCUGGUACAGCUGGUUUAAUGAAAGAAAUGGAGAAAUUUCUUAACAUUCUCGCAACAAAUUUAGCUUUUGUAAAACGAAGGCGUUAUAGAAGAUCAACAGUGACAACAUUGAUGCCAUACAGUUAUGCAGCAAAGAAUAUAUACCUGGAGAUUCAGCCAAUCAACGUUAAUGAAGAUGCUGACAGUUACGUGUUUCCUCGAGAGCAAUUGCAAUGGAGUGGGAAGCAUUCGGUGUGGAGCACCCAAACAGUGGAGAUUCUUUUAAAUAAGGAAUUAUUUGAAGACAACGUAAACGUAUUGGCUGGUCAAAUCAGUAUCGGUAUGGUUAUCUACAAAACUCUUGGCCAACUGUUACCAGCACAGUAUGACAUCACAGACAGGCAAAAAGGGAGAGCGUAUGAUAUUGAUGUGUAUUCGGAUGUUUUCACACUCACUGUACCAGGUGUUGAUAAAAUUUCUGAAGGCAACGAGAUCACCAUCAUAUACAAGAAUAUAAAUUCGAACACAUCCGAUGUUUCAUUCACUUGUGUCUUCUGGAAUUACUCUCUCAGCAACACAAUAUCAGGGGGUUGGAGUCGAAGUGGUUGUGUGACGCUGGUUGACAACACGACAGACGUCACAUGUCGGUGUGACCAUCUUACGUCGUUUGCUUUGAUCGGUAUAAGAUACACAGAAAUCAUGCCGCGUGUGUACCAGCCUAUUUGGCUUACCUACAUUGGUGUCUUUGUUUCUGUUGCGCUUAUUUUCAUCGUGUUUUUGGUGUACAUGUGCUUAAGGCAAUUAAAAUCCAACGCUAAUUCUAUUCACAGAAAUCUUGUAAUAAUGGCUUUUAUGUCAUGGGUAAUAUUUAUCUUGCUGGUAAACAGACCAGAGUUAGGCGAGAAUUACUGCCGUUUGAUCUCGAUUAGUUUACAUUACUUGAUCACGUGUACGUUCUCGUGGCUUUUCGUAGAAGCUCUACACAUGUAUCGAAUGAUAUUGGAGCCACGUGAUAUUAACUAUGGCCAAAUGAUGUUUUAUUAUUUUAUUGGAUAUGGCGCUCCCUUAAUGGUAGUAGGUGUGACCGCAGGCUUGAAACCAGAAGGGUAUGGGAACAAGGAAUUUUGCUGGAUUUCCAUUCAAGGUUACAAUGAAAUGAUGUGGGUCUACUUAGCACCCAUCCUCGCCAUCGUAGCCACCAAUAUCAUCGUUGUGUUUGUCGCCACUCUUGCAAGCUGCAACAAGCAGUCGAGUAAGAAAAAACAAGUAAAGGUGGCUAUCAUACGAUAUCGGUUGGCGAUAUCUGUGAUCUUUUUGUCAUUGCUCGGCGCCACUGUUGUUUCUGCACUUGUUACCGUUGGCUACGAUGAAGACUUAUUUGUUUAUUUGUUUCCUGGUCUGUGCGUACUGGAAGCGUUGUAUCUGCUGCUUUUCUAUGUCGUCUUUAACAGAACGGUUCGCAGAGAAGCAAAGAACGCUUACAUUCGAUGGAAGACCGGCGAUAAAACGUACGGUAUAAAACCCUCUCGAAGAAGACAGCGAGCUGGUGCUGGAACUAGUAAAGAUCGGCAGAAUUUGCUUCGUGAAAAAUACCGUCCAAUGUUGCAAGCGUUCCACCUUCCUACGUCCUCCACCACAGAUAGCAGCGAUACAGAUGGAAAAAGGCGAGCCAGAAUACGAAUGGCAGGAUCAGACACUACGGAUUUCUUAACGACUAACCCUGAAUCAUCCGAUUCAUCUGAUGACGACAGCCUGGGAAGAAGUCGCAGACCCACGGUUGAUUCUGAUACUGAUUCAAGUGAUAAUAGCUCUGGAGCAGAGCUUGAACAUUCUUUCACAGCGAACGGUAAACUUGUUCACACACCUGGCAAAAUUGAAUGGAAGCAAGCUACUCAAAAGAAACUCAUCACUAAAAGAACUUACGCGAGUGACGGUCCUAUGCAUUCAACUCCUUCAGAGUCUGACACAUCUGGCGAUCGAUUGAAAUGGAAAAAGGCUGGGUUCACACCUACUAAAGUAAAUGGUUACGAGCUUUCAGCUAUACAGUCAGAAAGCGAUCAGGCCACGACUGAAGAUGGGAUGAAGUUUGCUACACGCCCUGGACCGAAAAUCACGGCGUCGAAGGGUAGUAGUACAAGCGAGAGUGAAGAUAAAUCAAAAGACAAGACGCCUGUGAGUAUUUUAAAGAAGAAAUCUUCGUAUGAUGGACGAGGAAAAAUGCGAGCUGUAAGAGUCAAUAAAAAAGAUGGCUCGAAAAAACCGUUGAUGUCACUGAACGAUACCGCUGAAUUUAAUGACUCGCAAGUGUAAAAUCGUUUGUCGUAAAACGUUUGGUGUGAUGCUCGAAACAGGCGUCGUUGUUAAAUGAAGUUCCGUCAGAUGUCGACUUUAAAGAUAUGUCGGAGAAAGCUAAUAGCGUUCUAUUCGACGUCGAAGAUUUUUGACGUCUUGUUAUCGAUAAAGUAUAGAAAGAACUGUUUUUAAUCAGCAACAUUUUAAGAUUCAAGAGACAUGGGUUUGAAGUUGUUAUAUUAACCCUAGCCCGAGUACUACUUAACUUAUAAACACUCCCUGAUGUAGGUAAAUCUUUGUCAUAGUUCUUAGUGUUUUUGGUAGAUAGUAGAAACCACGUGUCUAUUUUGACAGCAACGAUUUUUAAGCUGUCACCUGGUUUCUAUUAUGACGUAAUAAAUGUUGGACGUGGUUUUCCUGUACAGAUGUCGCUAAGUUAUGGUGAAACAGACGUUUUAUAAAAUUAUUUUAACUUAUCUAUAUUUUGAUAAUAAUUAUUUCUUAUUGAUAAUUGCUUCCGUUUGUCACCAGAUGUCUUGUUAUCUCUUUUUUUAAUUUAUCACGUUUCAAGACAACUUUCCUAACAGAAAUUAAAGACAGCCUUGCAGAUUAGUGGCUUCUUACGUGGCUUGGCCCUGAGUUACUAGGUUCUUUUAUACGUGCAUUAUGUCCAUGGUUAAUGCCAGCGAGAGAAAUUUCUCAGUUUUUCCGCCAUAUUGUUUUGAUUUUGGACUCGCUUAAAAUUUUUGUUCUUGCUAUUUUGACUCGCUUGCUUUUUGUUGUUUUUGCUUGGUGAUGCCAUGGAAUACAUUUCACGGGACUCUUAGAGUUCUUGCUAUUUAUAUAAAAACUAUUUUUAGUUAAAUGUAACAUAUUGAUUGAUUGAUUAAUUUUGCACUAUUUUAUAUGAUGUUAUUUAAUUGUUUUUGCAACCUCGUACCCAUGACUCUUAUAUGCAGAGGUUUUAUGAAGUAGGUUUUAUGAAGCAGGAAUUGUGAGUCUUCCAGGUUGCUUAAUUCGCCCAAGGAUUCACCUCCACACAAUGUUUUGAUAUCCUGGGUACGAGGUGUUUAAUGUGGCGUAAGAAAAAAAUUGUGGUCGAUAUGUUUUUAUUUUACUAAUUUUUUUUAUAAAUAAAUAACUAUGGAUGUAUAGUUGUCAUAUUUAAUAUCGUUGUAAAUAAAAUGCACUUUAUUUUUCCCUUCA